CCUCGGCUCUGCUGAUCACCUAUUGGUAGCUUUGUUUUGACUGCAGAUUAAGAGCUGUUUUAAAAUUUUAUGUGCUGGACAGCUGAUCUACAGAAUAAUUAAUGCAGCACUUCUUUAUAUGCAGCUCAGCUUAUCCUAUAUUCAGCCCUAUAGUAGGAUUGAUGGGUAGUAGAUUUUGUGCCUUUUUGACAGAAUGUUAUACCUGCCUGGUUUCAUCAGACAUUUGCUCUUCUCCUUCAUCAUACUGAUCAAUAGGCUUGGAGAAACAUAGUAUUGAUGGUGUGCUAAAACUGUAGCAGUGUAUUUCCCACCAGUUCAUGUUCAGAAAAGUGAACAGCAACAGACCCAAAGAAUUUAAGCAAUACUUUAGUUGAACCCUAGGAAAAGAUUUUGAGUAGCAUAUUUGAAUAUCCAGGAUUACCUCUAUAUGCUGAUUUUUUUUUUUACUAUCCUGUGAAGUUAUCGUUUUUCUCCAGCUUCCUUUUUAUGACACUAAACUUGACUCUUCUAGUGUUUCCAGUAGAGAUGAGAGACUUAAAACCAAGGCAUUUUCCAUUUUAUUCCAUUUCAUUAUUUUUAUUUCUAUUUUAAGACAGUUGUGUUACUUUAUAACUUCUACAGGAAAUAUUCCAAAAUUGGGCAUUUGUCACCUUUAAAAUAUUCUGUUUGAAACUGAAUAUGGGAGACUUAAUGAACAGCUCUUUUCCCCCAAAUCUCUUUUUUCUUUCAAGAGAUCAGAAAGAGAUCAGCUCUUUUGAAAAAAAAUAUGCAUAUGGGUAUGUGAAUCUAAAACCAGCCCUGCUUAAGGUAACUAAGGCCCAUCUUAGCUUAGCAUUCUUAGAAUGCUAAUUAGGUGUGUUGUACUACUUGGAGGCAUGCUGUUACCUAGAAGUAACACUGAGACAUUUAUGAAUUUAUCAGUGACCUCAGUUAAAAUAAAAUUUGAGAAAUUAAGUUUUAACUUGAUUACCUGAAUAACAUCACUUCAUAUUUGCAGUGGAACAUGAUGACAGAUAGACCUAUUUCCUUCCUAGGUUAAGGUUUAAAAUGAACAGAGAAAGGAGGCAAAAUCAUCAAAUAAGGAAAUCUUACAUUUUCAUUUGAAUGAUCCAAGCAGCCUUCUCUUCUUUUAGGAUCAAAAUAAGAUUCCUGAAAAGUGGCAUCCUGAAUAUGUAUAAAUUUUGCUAGUGGCCAUAAUGCUGUUGUAGAGCUAUACUACCGCUAUCAAUCAGUAGCAUAACUUUACUUCUAGUGGCCAGAAUUUGAUUCAGAGGUCACUUUCCAUGGUCAGCCACAUAAUUCCUAAUGGACUGAUAUCAGCAUGAAUUUUAAACUCCAAGGAGCUGACUCUGAUUUUCUUCAGGGCUAUUUAAUUUUUUUCAUAUAAUCUAUUCCUUGUUUUAUUUACCAUACAUUUUAUAACAAUUGGGGAUGGUCCCGGACAGGUCAAUGACCCUUCCGCGUGCUCUUUCAUUUUUAGGGCUCUUCGUCUUAUACGAAGGGUUAUAUAGCCUUCUUUCAAAGCUUUGUCCUAACCAGACCGAUCAUUCCUUACUGGAGGGCAGGAAUAGCCUGAGGCUUUUGUUGGCUCAUCAAAAUGAGGUUUUGGAAGAGCGAGAUGAAAUGGGAAGGGGACGGGACGACAAAGAUAAGCUGCUUCUUUAUCUCCGGAAAGAAAGAAAACGCCGAGCCUGACACUCGAAAUUCAGCCUGGGGACAGACAGCCGGACAAUCACCAGAAGGGGAAGCCGCGAGUGGAGGUGGAGGAAGGGAGGGACAAAGGGAGGCAACUUCAGUGCAGGUGACACCAACUUCGGCUUGCACGGGUCGGAUUCAGUUUUCCUUCAGAAGUCCGAGCCUGGAGGCCGUGGGGAGGUGAAUACCAGCAGCCGAAGGAAAUCGCCGGAGCGGCCGCGCAGCUCUAAGCGACAGGGAGCCCGUGACGACCCUCGCGGACGAAAGCGCAAAGAGAAGCAAAAUGCACCUGAAGGACAAAGUGGCUCUGGUCACUGGGGCAGCUCAGGGCAUAGGCAAAGCCUUCGUCGAAGCUCUGCUGGAAAAGGGUUGUAAGGUGGCACUUGUGGAUCUGAAUGCAGAUGUAGGCAAAGUCAGCAAAGAUGCCUUUGAUAAGCAGUAUGAUCCACAGAGGACUAUCUUCAUUCCUUGUGAUGUUUCAAAUGAAGAAAAACUUAAAGAUGCAUUUAAGAAAACAAUUCAACAUUUUGGAAAUCUGGAUAUUCUGGUAAAUAAUGCUGGAGUGAAUGAUGAAAUGAACUGGGAAAACACAGUUCAAAUCAACUUGAUUUCAGUGAUUAGAGGAACAUACAUUGGACUAGAGUACAUGAAAAUUGAAAAUGGUGGAAGUGGAGGGGCUAUUAUUAAUACAGCCUCAAUAGCAGGGCUGUGGCCGGUUGCAUACCAACCAGUGUAUUCUGCUUCAAAGCAUGGAGUAAUUGGAUUUACACGUUCAGUGGCUCUGGCUGCUAGAGCAAAAAAUUAUGGUGUACGAAUAAAUGCUAUCUGUCCUGGUUUUGUCGCCACACCAAUUCUUCAGACUGCUUUCCAGGAAGAAAAUAUGGGUAUAUAUUAUUCAUUCAAAGAAGAAAUCAAAGAGAAGAUGGAAUUCUAUGGCAUUUUGAACCCAUCACUAAUUGCUGAAGGACUGAUAAAAAUCCUUGAAGAUGAUUCAUUAAAUGGAGAAAUUAUGAAGAUUACAAAACAAGGAAUUACUUUUCAUGAAUAUUGUACAACGCCAUAAAAAUAAACUUUACUAUUUUUUCCUGGAAUGGUUCAUAAUAUUUCCUUCCAUAAACUCACAAAUACUAAAUUGUUACAAGAAAUAUUUUGGUAAUGUUAACACUUCAUUUCAAUAUGAAAACUUCUGCCAAUAUGUGAAGGAUUUUUGAUAUUAGAAUUUACUUAUAUUUUCAUCAAUUAAUAUUUCAAAUGCUGUAAAAUAUAUUAUAUAAUUUUAAUUGUGAAAAGUACAGUUACAAAUGUGAUGCUUAGCAAGUGAUGACUUAAUCAAUUCAGAGUUUUUAUAGAUUUAAGAGAAAUAACAUCUGUUAUUCAUAAAUUAAUCCAAGCAACGUGACAGAAUUUCAGGAUCUGAUUUUCAUAGUACAGGAUUGCAUAUUUAAGAUUUCAUUCAUUUCAAAUUAAAUAAUGUUAUCUUUGUAAUUAAUUUUUCCAAGUCUUUUUCCCCCUUGUACAGACAAUUUAACAGUAGAUAUUGUAGUUAUUUAGUUUGAAUCUGCCAAAUAAUAUUUGCUGAAUCAUUAUGCUAAAUGUAAGUUUAUUAUCUGGUUACAUUAAAAUAGAACUCAUAAUUUGUCACAAAAUAUACUUGUACUAGAAAAAUAAACGAAGAAAAGCUUUUUC